ACCAGAGCACCCGGAGAAAACCCACGCAUAAUCAUAAAAUAAGAAAAGCACACAGGAAACAGUCCAGCCCCUCCCUUCUCUGUCUCCACCUCCCACUUCUUACAGCAUCCUCCCCCUGCUGGUCCAUCUGGUGUCGCGCUCUUACACAUCCAGCAUCAUGGACGUCGUCAAUCAGUUGGUGGCCCAGGGGCAGUUCAGGGUGCUGAAGGUUCCUCUGGGCUUUAUCAAGAUCCUACAGUGGUUCUUCUCCAUCUUGGCCUUCUCUACAUGCGGAAGCUACUCUGGAAUGCUGCGCAUGUCCGUAGAGUGCAAGAACCGCACGGACAGUGACUUGAGCAUCGAGGUCGAGUUUGAAUAUCCCUUCAGAUUGCAUCACGUGUACUUUGACGCCCCCACUUGUAACGGUGGCAACACGGAGCGUCUCUUCCUGGUAGGCGACUACUCCUCCUCGGCGGAAUUUUUUGUGACGAUCGGCGUAUUCGCCUUCUUGUAUGCCACGGCAGCACUCAGUGUCUACGUCUUCUUCUUUGACAAGUACAAGGAAAACAACAAGGGCCCACUCGUGGACCUUGGCGUGAGCGCUGUAUUCGCCUUUAUGUGGCUAGUGAGCUCAGCGGCAUGGGCCAAGGGUUUGUCUGAUGUCAAGACAGCCACAGACCCAGAUCAGGUCAUCACUUUGAUGACCGCCUGCGACGCUGAGGAGAACCGAUGUCGUGAAGUCCACGACCCCGUCAUGUCUGGACUCAACACGUCUGUGGCAUUCGGCUUCAUCAAUUUGGUUCUAUGGGUGGGAAAUCUGUGGUUCGUCUUCAAGGAGACUGGCAUCAUUGCCCCGUUCAUGAGAGCUCCACCUGCUCAGGAGAAACCCCCCACUGACGCUAUCGCACCUGGCGGCUAUGAGCAGGAUCCUUACGCCAGUAACCAGGGGGGCUACCAGCCUGACUACAACCAGCAGGGUUACAACCAGGGAGCAGAGCAGGGAGCGCCCACCUCCUUCUCAAAUCAGAUGUGAGCUGACGGGAAGCUGGAAGCAACGGAAGCGAAUGCCUGCCUCUUACCUUCCCACAAUGCAACACACCCAAAUGUUUGUGAGGGGCUAAUCUGGAGCUCCGAUGUUCACUUUGAACAUACUGUAAAGAUAUGAGGUCAAAGCUGACAAACUAACAAACAAAUGAAAAUAUUAUGGUUGUGACAUGUUUGCCAAUUACAUAACCAAACUAAAUAAAUGAAUAAAUAAAUAUAUAUAUGCCGCACGAAAAUAUGCAAAUCCUUUGGAAUGACCUGGAUUUCUGCUUAAAUUGGUCAUAAUAUGUCGGAUGAUCUUUAUCCGUCUAACAACAAUAGACAUACAAUACUAUACAGAUUGUUUUUUGCAGAGGCAAUGCUGCUUCACAAGAGCUAAAUAAAAUCAAAUGUAUGUUUUUUUACAGGGUAUGGCAGCUUUAACGCACACUUCCAAUGUCAUGAUAUUGAUUCCAAUUUUAGUUGGCUGACUCUUGACUCCGAUAUUCUCAUUGGGAAUUAUUCUUGCGGUUCACAUACUUUCUCCACCGCGCACUGUAAACAUACAAGAUGUGUCCAAGAAACA